AUGUCAGGGACUGCCCCCCCACCCGCCACAGACAGAGAGCUGGUGACUUGCAGGGUGUCCCCACAGACGAACGGGGCUAGGUGCUCCCACCACUCUGAGUGCUACAGUGACUGCUGUCUCAUCAACUUGGACGAUGGUGGUGCCUUCUGUGCCCCUAGGGCCAGAAUAACCAAGAUGUGCUUGCCCCAGACCAAGGGCGCCAUCAACAUCGUAUGCCCCUGCCACGUAGGCCUGAGUUGCCUUCACAAGGACCCAGUCUGCAUCCGCCGGUGCCAUCUGAUUUAG